AUGAAGGAAUCAUAUUAUCCUGACGACAUUAUGCUCUGCUUUGUACAAGGUUUCGGGGAUCGUGAUAACGGAUAUAAUAAAAGUCGUGAGGUUGCUGAAUGUGAUGUUAAUUCGAGUACGUUGAGGAGGAAGCAAAAGCGAAAACGAGUGCCGAUUGUGAAAGACCCGAAUACUGAGUUAACACUUGGUGCCUACAGCGACGUCGAGAUAAGAAGAGAAAUAAAUUUGUUAGAAUCUUCAUCGAAAGACAAAUUCCUCCAGGAUUUGCCAGAAGUAAAAAGAAGCUUCAGCGACAGGUUUUCAGUAAUUACCGAUGGAAGCGGAAGGAAGGGUCCUAAAGGUCUUUUGACCAUAAGAAAGACUUGG